UGAGUGUGUGUGUGUGUGUGUGUGUGUGUGUCUCUCUCUCACAAUACAGAAUGAAACAAGACUAUCUGAAUAAUAGUUUAAUGACGUUUUACUUUCCACUCUGCCUUUCUUCAGCAGUGUCGGGUGUUUCAAUCUGCAAGCUCAUUUGAAUACAGGGUUAGUGAGAAGUGUAAUUCUAAAAAAAUCUCUGAAAAUGUUAUUCGGUCUCUGCCUCCGCUCAGCAGGGCUCCCCCGACACGUGAUGAGCUGCACCCACCCGGACCACGUGGUUCGAGCCGUGUGUUUAUAUUUAUUCUUCCGUCUCUCGCCUCUCAGUCUCAGGUGAUGCGGGAGAGGUCGUUGUUAAGCUGUCUCUGCCUGUCUGAACAUGUCUCCUUCCGCCCUGCAGCUUCUCCUCGCCUCAUGUUUGUUAUUCGCCGUGUUCGGCUCGGUUCGAGGAGCGAACGAGACGGUGCCGCUGGUUCUGUGGCAUGGAAUGGGUGACAGCUGCUGUAACCCGCUCAGCAUGGGCGCUGUGAAGAAGAUGGUGGAGAUCAAGAUUCCUGGGAUCUAUGUGCUGUCCCUGGAGAUUGGACAAACCGUUGUCGAGGACACAGAGAACAGUUUCUUCAUGAACGUCAAUGAUCAGGUGUCUCUGGUGUGCAACAUGCUGGCUCGAGACCCCCAGCUGAAAAAGGGGUACAACGCCAUGGGCUUCUCGCAAGGGGGUCAGUUCCUGAGGGCAGUGGCUCAGAGAUGUCCUUCUCCCCCAAUGAGGAACCUGAUCUCCAUCGGAGGACAGCACCAAGGAGUGUACGGGCUCCCUCACUGUCCUGGCCAGAGCUCUCAUAUCUGUGACUGGAUCCGCAAGAUGCUCAACUCUGGAGCAUACACCGGGCUGGUGCAGAACCAUUUGGUGCAGGCUCAGUACUGGCACGACCCGCUCAAUGAGGACCUGUACCGGAACUACAGCCUGUUCCUCGCUGACAUCAACCAGGAGAGGGCGCUGAACGAGUCCUACAAGAAGAACCUGCAGACUCUGCGCAGCUUUGUGAUGGUCAAGUUCCUCCGGGACUCCAUGGUGGAGCCCGUCGACUCAGAGUGGUUUGGAUUCUACAAGCCGGGCCAGGCAAAGGAGACAGAGACUCUACAGGAGAGCACACUCUACAAGGAGGACCGGCUGGGUCUGCAGGCCCUGGAUAAGGCAGGGAAGCUGGUGUUUCUCUCCUCUGACGGAGACCACCUGCAGUUCACAGACGCCUGGUUCAAUGCAAACAUCCUGCCCUACCUGCACUGAGGGGAGCCCCUUCCCCUGCCCAGGACAGCAGGGGUGUCCUCCAGCACGGCCCUAUUGUUCCACUGAAGUGAGGCUCUCUGUGCUGCACUAGCCCCACAUUAACCUGCUGCAUUCCACCACUCAAAACAAAUUGCAUUGCUUUUGAAGAGUAAUUCAGAACUAAUAAUAGAACAAAAAACAAAUAAUAAUAAUCUACACUUUUCCAAUUAAAUGUUUUGUAUUUAAUAUGCACAACAUUUAAUUUUUCAUCCUGUUUUUAUAUUGUUUCCCCAAAUGGGAAGUUAUUUUUAUCCUGUAUUUUUUUACAGCCAUUUGCCCCCCCCACCCCCCAUGAUCCGGUGCAGCAGAGCAGGGCAAAGCCCGGUUGCUUGAAUCUCACCCCUGCAUUACUGUGGUCCCUGGCUAGCUGUCUAACCCAACAGUACCCCCUCGCUGUGAUGCACUUUUGAGACAAGGUCUUUAUAUUCCUAGUGUAAAGAAAUAAUAAUAAGAAUAAAUUUAAAAAACAAAUAAAUCAGUCAUUCACUGAUCUGCUUUAGUUUUUAAUUUUGAAAUAAAAACACUUGAACAGAUGUGUCUAAAGCUAUAUAUGUUUACUAAUAUAAUCUUUGUGGCUUAUUUUAGGUAGAUAUGCUUAGCUUCAGAUGCGAGGUAUAUCUGCAUAUUCUUAUUACUGCACCGGCCCAGUCCUGGUUGGGUCACAGUGGUUCUGAUCCAACUCCCAAUUCCCAGGGCCCCCGCCUCCCGCCUCCCCAAGGCAGCCUAAACCCUUCCCAAGAAACCAGUCAGGACAGCUGUUCAGCAGAUCGAACGUUUUUUUAUUGCAUCUUUUCUGCAAAUAUCCUCCUCCUCCUCGUCUAAUGAUUAUUUCAGACAAAAAAAAUUAUACAAAGAAGUUAAAACGAAGCAAAAGAGACAGAGAGAGAGAGAGAGGAGUGUUAAUGCAGCUCGGCGCUGGAACUAUUAAAAAACCACCCCGAGAGUCCCCUGUACCCCUGCCCCCCUCCCUCCCAGUACAGGGAGAGAAGCAGAGCCUGCAGAGAUGGAGAGGAAGAGCCUCUAGCACUGGGGAUGGGAAGAUCAGUUACAAUCUACCUUUUAGUUUAUAUCUUUAAUGAAUUUUAAUUUCUUCUGACCACUAAAUGCUUUCACUACCUGACUUUUUUUCCCCCCCCCUCCUCUCUCUCUCCCCAAUUCUGAUAUAUUUUAAUAAAAUAAAGGAAUGUUAAGUGAUCGGUAAGUAAUUAUGAACAAUAAAAGCGCUCCGGUCCCUCGAUUUCAAACUCAAGCUCUCCUCGGUAACCUACCUCGCCACAAACAGAUCUGAACUGCAAACCGUUAAACGAACACCCGCUAACCCAGAUCUAACCCAGCAGAAUCACACUGGAGCUGCCCGCACGAUCGCAGUGUUAUUCCUGCGGCAGACGCCACACAAACAUUUAAUAUCAUUAAUAUCAAUAUCAUCUCCACUACUGCACAAACCGCUCUGAAAACGCCUUCGCUCUCGAAACAUUCCGAAAGCCUGGCUCGUCCGUUUCUGCUUUUAAGAAGCUGAACAAAAAAAAUAAUAAUUGAAGUGCUGCAUGUGCGUGCCGCUGAGAUUCAACCGGACUCUGAAAUCAAAGAGCAGAAAGAAAGAGCAGGCAAUCCAGCGCAUGCGCAGUCCAGGCUGCAUCUGUUAUAGCCACCACAAAGCCAGUCUGCUUCCCGCAGAGCAGCGCUGAAACGAGGCUAAAAUCACACAGAAACCCCCUCCAGUCCAGGGAGACUUGAACAUAA